AUGGGUCCCGACCUAAUUGAAUAUCUACGUCUUUUGCAACAACUGAAGUCUUACAAUAAUGUUCCAACAGAGUUGAUAUAUUCCUUGCAGUCUUACACGUCUAUAGUAUACAGGUCAGAUGUGCAAAACCGGUUCAGUGAACCUAUGCCAUGGAUUGGGAUAUACAUCGCCUUAGCAUCUCUGUUUUGCAUCAUUGCAAUAGUGGCUGAUUUAUUACAUGGUUUAAGGAACAGAAAGCUAUGGUUUCCUUGCAAAUAUUUCACUCUGAAUGCUGCUUCUCUCUCUGUAAUAGCUAUUGCAAUGAAGCUACCUGUGGAUUUAAAUAAUUCAAUGCCAGGUGACGUAGACCAGGCUGCAAAACUUGGAAGCAUGGGAUUUAUGUGCACCAUGAUGUCUAAUUUAUUGCCUGCUCUAGCAAUCUUGGAUAGCAAGGAACUUGUCACAAACAUCAUAGCUCUGGGUGUUCUGGUAGUCACCAUAGUUGUAAACGUUUGCAUUCAAAUAAAAACCGGUGUGGUUUCCAGUAUUGAAGUUUGGUACUUGUUUGAUGAUGAUUAUUAUUCAAACUCUGUAAGUUAUUACACUAUGCCAAUAGCAAUCAUUUAUGUUGCUAUGUUACUGAUGUUGCUGAUAAUGCAUGCAUGUUCAGCUUUAGCGAUUCUAAAGUCCAAACAGAUACUUGAAAUGAAAUACCAAGCAGCUCAUGAAACAGCUAUGAAGGACAAAGAGCUUCAACAACCUGGAAGAUUAAGUGUUGAUAAGAUAAAGCAGCUUGUGAGCAAUUACUGGAUCAUGGCAUCAACAGGCAAUCCCCAGUUCUUCACAGCUUGCUCUGCUACAAGUUGUGCUUCUGGGGUAAUAUCUGCUAUAAGCACUGUCCUCCAUGUUAUUGUUAUACUUUUCAUUGUUGGAUCGCUAGGGGACUUUAGGUCUGAUUACAAGUGGUCAGCGUUGGUGAUUCUCAUAACACAGUUUAUCGGGUCAAUCGUGGGUACUAUGGCUCCACUUUCUAGAUGUUUUGCAGCCUUAAGCUUUAAGUUGUCCAUAAAAUGGAUUUGGAACAAUAUGAACGUCUUUAAAGUGGAGAGCUACUGGACUCAGACGUUAUAUGAUUUGAAAGAGAGUACAAUGCCAUUCCUAUCUUGUAGCCGCAAAUUCAAGAUUUUUGUCGAAAAUACCAAAGUCAUUGUCCUCAGCUUUUGUAUAGGAUUUCAGAAGACAGUAGUGGUAGCAUGCAAGAUGAUAGGCCUCAUCCCAAUUUUCAUAGUUAUCUGUAUCUUUAUUUGUUCUUGUUGUUGGAAGUGGUUGAAGUCAAUGUUUAAUGCAUUCGGUAUCGUGUUAAUAAAAGAGCCUGAGCAACACGAAACAAAUAAAAUUCUUAGCCAUUAUGUUUUGCAACUUCAAGAGGAUGCAGAGCUUGCUGAAAGAACGCUGAAAAGGAUUUCAUACUCUUUCGAACGCAUUAUAAAGAAGGCCGAGAAACAACAACCCUACAAUCUUAUGAAACUUGUAGAGGGAUAUAGAGGUUUUAGAAGAGCUGAAAAGUUUGAUAGCCAUCAUGUUCUAUCUUUGCUUCUAGAAGAGUCUCCCAGUUGCUGGAGCCUACCGUUGGUAACCCUGACAACCAUGGCCAUCUCUCUUCCUAACAUUAAAAAAGACAGAGUUGAUUGUCUGCUAAGUGGUGUGAGUGAAGGUAUGGUAUAUGUCACAAUUGUGGAAGACAGCCUCAAUGCUACUGACGACCAUGUAAUCAUUCAAAAGGCGGCUCAAACUUUGUGGUUAGAAGUUGAGAUCUACCAGAAAUGGUUAGGAAACAAGCUGCGAAAACCUGUUCCUCUAGCGAAUACAGCUGGACAGAUUCUUCUGUGGUUGAGGGAUACAGCUAAGAACAUGGUCACUCGGGUGGAAAGUAGGGAUACUAAAGGCCAAAACGACAGUUCCAAAUUCUGGUCUAUUUCUGCGAGUUCAAUGUAUCGUAUCACAGAAAUGAUCCUUCAUUCCAACCAUGCUCACGUUGAUAAGGUUAGCCCAGAGGAACUAUUUGAGCAAUUAUCAUCAAUGAUUGCGGACAUAUUUGUUGCUUGUCUCACGAACUUACCGCAAGUCAUUGCAAUGAAAUGCCACUCGAGUGAAAUAGAGAAAAGGGAGGCAAGUGUCUAUGCUGCAGCCCAAAUUCUAGGUGAGACUAUGCAAAUACUCAACACCAUUCAAGAUAGUGAACUUCCAAGCUUGAAUCCAGACGACUUAGUGUUUAUUGUUGACAAGUUGGGUGCUUAG